AUGGCACCGUCCAAGGAGGAGCUCAACAAGAUUGCCCAGGACGCUGAGCGCGACCUGAACUCCUACCAGGCGAAACAAGGUCUCAACAAUGUCUCAGUGGAGGAUGCCGGCGUUGACUCCAUCGUUGAGAACAAGUUCCCGGGUGCCGAAGUGAAAGUCGGCACCGAGAUCAGCACAAACGCCGGUUACAACCGGAGAAUUCCCCCAGAGGAGGGCGGUGAGCUUGACGACCGUGGAAGGCAAACCACUGGCAAAGACUUUGAGGGCACCGGAGGUCCAGAGCACAAGAUCGCCCAGGCUCAAGACGAACGCGGUGGCCACAACGACAACGACGUCAUUCCCAAGAAGGCCAUCUGA